AUGGCGACUGCUUCAGUGGCAUUCAAAUCUAGGGAAGACCAUCGCAAACAAAUCGAAUUGGAAGAAGCGCGUAAAGCUGGGCUUGCACCAGCUGAACUGGAUGAGGAUGGAAAGGAGAUUAAUCCACAUAUACCCCAAUAUAUGUCAUCUGCACCUUGGUAUCUCAACUCCGAGAGGCCUAGCUUAAAACAUCAAAGGAAAUGGAAAUCAGAUCCUAAUUAUACAACAUCAUGGUAUGACAGAGGUGCAAAGAUACACCAGGCUGAUAAAUAUAGGAAGGGUGCAUGUGAGAAUUGUGGUGCCAUGACACACGACUCAAAGUCAUGUAUGGAAAGACCCAGGAGAGUGGGAGCAAAGUUUACAAACAAACACAUCGCUCCUGAUGAAAAGAUAGAGACUUUUGAGCUUGACUAUGAUGGAAAACGGGACCGCUGGAAUGGAUAUGAUGCAUCAACCUAUGCGCGUGUCAUUGAGAGAUAUGAAUCAAGAGAUGAAGCUCGAAGGAAAUACGUAAAGACACAACAGCUCAAGAAAUUAGAGGAGAAAAAUAAUAACCCAAAUGGAGAGGACGGGGUUAGUGAGGAGGAUGAGGAUGAUAAUGAGGAUGAUUUGAGGGUGGAUGAAGCCAAGGUUGAUGAGAGUAAACAAAUGGACUUUGCUAAGGUUGAGAAGCGUGUGCGUACAACGGGUGGUGGGAGCACAGGAACUGUCAGGAAUUUGCGUAUUCGUGAGGAUACAGCGAAGUAUCUUUUAAACCUCGAUGUCGACUCUGCACACUAUGACCCAAAAACCCGGUCCAUGCGUGAGGACCCUCUUCCUGAUGCGGAUCCGAAUGAGAAGUUCUACGGGGGUGAUAAUCGACAUAGAAAUAGUGGUCAAGCUAUGGAGUUCAAGCAGCUCAACAUCCAUGCUUGGGAAUCAUUUGAGAAGGGACAAGAUAUUCACAUGCAAGCAGCGCCGUCCCAAGCUGAGUUGCUUUAUAAGAAUUUUAAGGUGAUCAAGGAGAAUUUGAAGUCACAAACAAAGGACACCAUUCUGGAGAAGUAUGGCAAUGCAGCUAAUGAAGAAGAAUUUCCUAGGGAGCUUCUACUGGGACAGAGUGAACGAGAAGUUGAAUAUGAUCGUGCUGGGAGGAUCAUCAAGGGGCAAGAAACAACACUUCCCAGAAGCAAGUAUGAAGAAGAUGUAUAUGCCAACAACCACACCAGUGUAUGGGGUUCAUGGUGGAAGGAUCAUCAAUGGGGCUACAGGUGCUGUAAGCAGUUGACUCGCAAUAGCUAUUGCACUGGUGCUGCUGGAAUUGAGGCUGCCGAGGCUGCAGGUGAACUUAUGAAGGCUAACAUAGCUCGUAAAGAGGCCAUUGGAGAUAUGCCUCCACCAGUGGAGGAGAAAAGACUUGCUACUUGGGGAACUGAUAUACCAGAUGAUUUGGUUUUAGAUGAGAAGUUACUUGCUGAUGCUCUUAAAAAGGAGGACGCAAGAAAGAGAGAAGUGAGAGAUGAAAGAAAGCGCAAAUACAAUGUAAAAUGGAAUGAUGAGGUUACUGCUGAGGAUAUGGAGGCUUAUAGGAUGAAGAAAGUUCAUCAUGAUGAUCCAAUGAAGGACUUUCUUAAUUGA